GGAGCCCCAGGGGCCCCUAGCUCGGCUCUCCACCCUGAAGACAAGCAGAACAUCUAAAAUACAAACCGGAGACCGCCUGAAGUCACCAUAUGACAGGUCUUUGCAGUAACUACGAUCUGAGUGCGACUCAAUACCGACACGUUAAAAGUUUUCUUAAACCAGAAAACAAAAGAGCGGUGAGCGCUUCAGUGCAGAGACAGACCCUGCAUACGCUGUAAUGGGUUAGUACGUGUUUCAGAUAUUUAUUCAACCACCCGACGAAUGCACCUACAAACGCCUCCUGUUGUGACAUUGCUACGUACAAGAGGUGGGAAUUCUGUGCGAUAAGCUACCGUAUCACAGGUAUGGAGGAAAAUGAGUCGGCGCACAAAGCUCAGCAGACAGAACGUCGUUCUUUAGUAAUAAAAGCUGAGAAAGGGGAGGCGACACCGCAGCGGGAGAGCUUGGGGGACCUCCCAACAGGCGAAGAGGAUGUAACCAAUGGUCUCACGCCUCAUGAUAUCCAAGAAAGUCAAAAUAGUUCUCUAUGCUUCCCAGGAACCAGCUACUGGUGUGUCUCAGAGAGUACAGAUUCUCCUUUGCUUCUGUCUCCUGUUCCAGGGCCAUCGAUGCAGGAUCCCCCUCCCGUAAAACACACACCUGGGAGAGACCACCGGCGCUAUUACCAUGAGUACUGGCGCAGCGAGUACCUCAUGGAUUUUGACCGGCAAAAUCAGGGGAUGAUAUGCAUGGUGUGCGGCAGCUCGUUGGCAACCCUGAAGUUGAGCACCAUCAAGAGACACAUCAGACAGAGGCACCCGUACUCUCUGCUUUGGAGUGAGUCGGAUAAAGAUGUGAUCAGGUCAGGCUGGGAGAGUCACUUGAGUCUGGAGAACAACCAGAGGCUAAUAUGCCCUGAUCCAGAGAAUGCCCCAGAAUCAGAAGAGAUGCUAAAUGUUGAAAGCCAUUCCACAGGCAAAUCUGGAAGUAAUGUUACUCCAGCUCCCCCGUCCCAGUCUGGGUUCAGCCAAGUCCCUCCCUCUCCUCUUGCUUCUUCGGCCCAGGAGCUCCCAGGUCCCACAGCUCAGGUGUUGGAGCGCUACCUGAACGACACGUUGCAUGCAUGGUUCCGUCAGGAGUUCCUCAUGGAAUACCAGGCAGAGGCAGGUCGUCUAGUAUGCAUGGUAUGCAGCUGUCUGUUGCCUUCACUCCACCUGGAUCACAUUAAGAGUCACGUGCUGGAUCUGCAUCCAAAUUCUCUACUAUACAGCGCUGAGGAAAAGCACUCCAUCCUGCAGAACUGGGCCAGGACACACGAUUUAGAGUUUUUACAAGAUGUUAAAUUGGAGCAGCAGAACUGGGGCAACGAAGAAAGCAUAAAUGGACAAUCACAGUUUUUUCCUAUGGACAUGGAUCCCACCCAGAAUAACUUAGGGAGUUACUCAAGAGGAGAUGAGAAUCCAUCAGAUGCUGACCAGAGACCUCAGUCUUUACCUCACCGCUUCCCCAGAAGGAGACGCCUGAAAUACGGCAGCCCCUGGCGUCUCCGGCUGGAUUAUUUAGUGGCGUAUGGUCCUCCGGAUAAUCCAUGCUGCUACUGUAUGGUGUGUUCUGAGCAUCUGCCUGUGCCAAGGGUCAGUAACUUCCGUAAGCACAUUCAGGCGUGCCAUCCAGAAACAAGUGGCCUCAGCCGUAUUGAGAAAGAUGCUGUGAUCAGGGCCUGGACAAAAGAGGAGAAAAUCCACUCUGCUGCGCCGAAGGAGGAUACCCUGCACAGUGGAACUGCAGAUGUGAACACUCUUAUUAAUGCACAAGCUUCACCUGUAAAAAUCACAGAGCAAGGAGACAUCAAAACAGAAGAAGACAAGAGCACAAAUAUUACACCCUCAACACAGACCACAGGGCGGAACAGGCACUAUCCGGGUAAGGACCAGCGGCGGAAUUAUCAGGCGCACUGGCGGAUGGACUUCCUUAUGGAUUACGACUGCAGGAGGCACGGACUGAUCUGCAUGGUGUGUGGUGCUACGCUCGCUACGCUUAAGGUCAGCACUAUCAAAAGACAUGUCCUGCAGGUGCACCCUCACUCACUGGACUUCAGCCCAGAAGAAAAGCAGCUGGUCCUGCUUAGCUACAGCAAGAUCUCCCUGCAUUUACAUUCUGAUGACUGUUUUUCAGGAUCAAACCACAGCCAUAAAGAAAAUGCUAAUGCUAAUGUAAAUACGGGAUUAACUUCAAAUCAGAGCACUUAAUUAAAAGAAAGAGGUAGGGAUGUGUUUUUGACAUCCUGUUUUUUGUUUCCUUCACUCAGGAAGUUUGCAGCAGCAUUUAAGAAAUGUUUGUUUUGGGAAAAUAGUUCAAGGAUAAUUAAAAGUGAAUAAAAAAACUGAAAUGCUUGAUAAGUUUGAAAGGUUUAUUUAUGCACAUCAAUCACUUUUCACAAUGAAAUGAAGAACAACCCGUGUCACAUAGAAUUUAAAAUGCUUCCAACUAGGAAUUUUUCUGUACUGAAAGGAAGCUCUUAUAUGGUAUGUAUGACAUAGAUGUUUGAGUCGUGCACUUAUUUACAGAAUUUAAAGGGGACCUGUCAUGCCUUUUAGGAAGUUUUGCUUUUGGCAAGUACUAGAGUAGAUGUUCAUACUUGACUGUUCAAGAAUACUUUAUUCAUCACAUAUUUUACAAUAUUGGAAGCACACUCAGCAAGUGUGUAAAAGCUGUGCAGUGUGUAAACCUCACUCUGUGUUAAAGCAUCUAACUACCAUGCUGGACCGUUACCUUCACACCGCCACCGGCGAGAUUGUCAGAGUAGCCGGAAGUCAUUCAUUUUCAAUGAGAACCGGUGGGAACCCCAUCGAGCAGCGACGUGGUGCGUCAUGUACGGUGUGAGCAUUGAGAAGAGCUGAAAUCAACUCAACUUUAUGGUAAUGAGCUAUAAAGCGGUUCAGCGGCAACCAAUCGGAAGGCGGAAACGUUCGGCAGCAACCAAUCGGAAGGCAGAAACCUCCCCUUGAGAGGAUUACAAAGAAUGCAUUCGAGCGUCAGAUGGUCCACUACACCUUUUGAAUAGCAUCGUUAAUAGGGCAGCCAGAGCUUUUACUGACUCUUUUGCUGGUGGCGGUGUGAAAGCACAGUAAGUCUACGUUCAGCUGUUUGUCAGUCCCGUAUUUGAGUCCGUAAGACGGUUGCGUUUAAAUACAGUUUGGUUAAUUACAGGUGUGACAACCGCAUUCUAUAACCGACCUCACACCCUCACAUUUUCGGGUCUCACAACCAUUUACAGAGAAGCUCCACGGAAACCCACUGGACAACUAGUUUGCUGUCACGUCAUCCGUUGCUCUCUGUGUUAAAGGAAAACACCACUGUUUUUCAAUAUUUUACUAUUAUUAUGUUCUUACCUCAGCUUAGAAGAAUUUAUACACACCUAUCUUUUUUCAAUACAUGCGUCGUGAAUGUGUUACCAUUUAGCCUAUCCCCAUUCAUUCCUUAGGAUCCAAACAGGGGUGAAUUUAGAAGCCACCAAACACCUCCAUGUUUUCCCUAUUUUAACAUGUUAUUGUAACAUGUACUACUUGCCACAUGUAUAGUUUAGCUUCUGCUGUUAGCAUAGAGGGGUUUACAUGCACUAAGUGUAUUGAAGUAUUAAGGUUAACUGAGAAGGUUGCUGAACUAGAAUCGCGCAUCCGAACGCUAGUUGAGGAUAGCAAAACCGCUAAUGUUACUGUCGCAAAUAAUCUAUCGAGCGAAAAGACUAAUGGCUCGGUUCCGACAUCAGAUGCUAAUAUAAAUAUUACAAAUACUGUAUCGAGCGCGCAUAGUGUUUAUCAAAAUACACAUGGCUCGGUUCCGUCAUCAGAGUCAAGUCGGCGGUCAAACUGGGUGACUGUUAGGCGGCAUAGUCAUAUAAGGCGUCCUUCUAAGACCCAUAACGUAACGACAAUUUCUAACAGAUUCGAUCCCCUAAGGAGUAUACCAGCUGAAACACCUUUUAAAAGUGCCCUGGUCAUUGGAGAUUCUAUACUCAGGAACACUAACAUUGAGGCACCAAACACCAUAGUCGACUGUAUACCGGGAGCCAGAACGUCUGACAUUAGAUCCAAACUUAAAGUGCUGGCUAAUGCUAAGCGGAAGUUUUCUAAGAUUGUUAUUCACGCCGGCACGAAUGACACUAGGCUCCGCCAGUCGGAAAUCACCAAAGAUAAUAUUAAGGAGAUGUGUGAAAUUGCAAAAACAAUGUCAGACAAUGUAAUAUGCUCUGGUCCCCUCCCCGCCUACCGGGGAGAUGAAACACAUAGUAGAUUAGUGUCUCUCAAUGGAUGGAUGUCAAAGUGGUGCCCUCAGCAUAACGUAGGGUUUAUAGACAAUUGGAAGCAUUUCUGGGGAAGACCAUUUCUCCUAACCCGAGAUGGCCUUCAUCCGUCAUCGGAAGGAAGUGCUAUACUCACUAAAAAUCUGAUCAAUAGUCUUAAUUCUGAUAUAGUAUGACUAUCCAGGGCCCAGGUCAGGAAACAGACGGAUCGGCUUAACCGUCCAUCUGUUAGCUGCCGUGAUAUGUCAAGACCACUUAUAUCCCAGCACUUCGAGUCAAUCUUACCGAAAUAUCAGCACAUUUCAACUGUAUCUGUUCCCCGAACAAAUAAAUACAGGGCACCGCUUGUUACAUCUGGUACAAAUCUGAUUCAAAUAAAAUUAGAAAACAAUACAUUAACAGAUGAAUCUCGAAUCUUAAAAUUCGGCCUUCUUAACAUUAGAUCGCUUACCAAUAAAGAACCUAUUGUCAAUGAAAUAAUUACAGACCAAAACUUAGAUGUACUCUGUUUAACAGAAACCUGGCUUAAAGCAGACGACUACAUUAGUUUAAAUGAAUCCACCCCACAAGACUAUUAUUAUAAACACGAACCUCGAUUAAAGGGGAGAGGGGGUGGUGUAGCUACAAUAUACAACACAAUGUUUAAAGUAAACCAAAAAUCUGAGCUAAAAUUUAAAUCAUUUGAAGUAAUGUUGUUAAAUAUGGAAAUAACUGAUCGUAACCACAAACAGCUUUCUUUUGCUUUAGCGACAAUCUAUAGACCACCGGGCCACCAUGCAGAUUUCCUUAAUGAAAUAGCAGAUUUCCUAUCUGAGCUUGUAGUCACUGUAGAUAAAGCUCUUAUUGUUGGUGAUUUUAAUGUCCAUGUGGACAACCCAAAAGACGCAUUAGGACGUGCGUUUAUAGAUGUUCUAAAUUCUCUCAAUAUUAGACAAAACGUGACAGGGCCAACGCAUACUCGUAAUCACACAUUAGACUUAAUUCUGUCACUCGGACUCAAUAUUAAUGACGUCGAAAUAUCACCUCAGAGUGAUGCAGUUUCUGACCAUUACCUUGUGUCAUACACUGUACUUCUAGAUAGGAUCACUCGACCCACAACAUGCUACCGACUAGCCAGAACAAUAAUUUCCACCACUAAAGAUAGCUUUAUUAGCACUCUUCCAGACCUGUCCCAAAUGAAACAUGUAGCAGAUAACUGUGACGAUCUAGAUAUUGAAAUAGAAAACCUAAACAAUGUCUGUUCUAACACAUUGGAUGCCGUUGCUCCCAUUCGAAAAAAGAGAUUCAAAGAAAAACCGCCAGCUCCAUGGUAUGACCAUCACACAGCAGCCCUUAAAAAGGCAGCUAGAAAAAUGGAAAGAAAUUAUAGAAGCACAAAGUUAGAAGUAUGGCGCGCAGCAUGGAAACAGAGUGUUAAACACUACAGACAGGCUAUUAAAACCGCCAGAUCUACAUAUCUUAGCAAGCUUAUAAAUGAGAAUCAUAAUAACCCUCGUUUCCUCUUUAGCACAGUUGCGAAACUGACUAGAAACAAAGAACAAACAGAAACCAAUAGUAAACUUCAACACAAUAGUAACGACUUCAUGAACUUCUUUUCUAACAAAAUUUCGGCUAUUAGGGAAAACAUCGUAGCUACCCAGGCAGCCACCACUCUACCCAUUAGUUCACUUAACACUAGACUACCAUACGAACAUCUUGAUUCAUUUAAACCUACUACAAUAGAUGAGCUCUCUAAACUAGUCACAUCAUCCAAAUCAUCGUCCUGUAUAUUAGACCCCAUUCCCACAAAACUACUUAAAGAAGUAUUCCCUGUAGUGUCAACCCCGGUUCUAAAUAUCUUUAACUCAUCGCUAGAAAUAGGAUACGUUCCAACAGCUUUCAAACUAGCAGUUAUUAAACCGCUGAUUAAAAAACCACAGCUUGACCAAGGAGAACUUAAUAACUUUAGACCAAUCUCAAAUCUCCCUUUUCUUUCGAAAAUAUUAGAAAAGGUAGUGGCAAGCCAGUUACGCACAUUCUUGACAAAUAAUAGUACAUAUGAAAAGUUCCAAUCAGGAUUCAGGCCCCACCAUAGCACAGAGACAGCGUUGCUUAGAGUUACAAAUGACCUCCUAUUAACAUCCGAUCAUGGUGAAAUCUCAAUUCUUAUAUUACUAGACCUUAGUGCAGCAUUUGACACAAUAGACCACAGAAUCCUACUCAAUAGACUAGAAAACUAUGUUGGUAUCAGUGGUCAGGCGCUAGCCUGGUUUAGGUCAUAUCUAACCAAUCGCUAUCACUUUGUUUAUGUAAAUGAGGAAGAGUCAUAUCACUCCCUGGUUAAAUACGGUGUACCGCAGGGAUCAGUUUUAGGUCCUAUCC